AAAUCUCCUGCGCGCGACAUUCUUUGCUCGCUUUUGUCCCGGAAGAACAAGAUUUCUCAUCGUGUCAGUCGUCGCCACCCUUCGUGCCAAAACAACUUCUUUCUAGAAGCCAGCCCGGGCUGUAAAAUGGCUGGAACAGCUUUAAAAAGACUCAUGGCUGAAUACAAACAACUGACCCUGAACCCUCCAGAGGGGAUUGUAGCAGGGCCUGCAAAUGAAGAAAAUUUCUUUGAAUGGGAGGCUCUGAUUAUGGGACCAGAGGACACAUGUUUUGAGGGCGGUGUGUUCCCUGCCAUCCUCAGUUUCCCUUCAGACUACCCUCUCAGCCCUCCCAAGAUGAAGUUCACCUGUGACAUGUUUCAUCCGAACAUCUACCCAGAUGGCCGUGUGUGUAUCUCAAUCCUGCACGCUCCUGGUGAUGACCCCAUGGGCUAUGAGAGCAGUGCUGAGAGAUGGAGUCCCGUGCAGAGCGUAGAGAAGAUCCUGCUGUCUGUGGUCAGCAUGCUCGCUGAGCCCAACGAUGAGAGCGGAGCAAACGUGGACGCCUCAAAGAUGUGGCGUGAGGACAGAGAGCAGUUCAGCCGACUAGCUAAGCAGAUCGUGCGCAAAUCUCUGAGCCUCUGACACACUCUCACACUCCAGGACAGUAAGGAUUGACAUUUACAAGAAUCAAACUCCCCACAGAAGAGAAGAGUGUCUGUCCUGAGUGUUGUAGUGUACUACCCCCUACCUCCACCAGUGUGAGCACUUUAUUCCCAUCCAGGCUUUCAUUCUCUCUUCCCAGUCCUCCCCUCUCCUGUGAUUGGGUGGAUGCGUUGGACAAAUGGCUUUUGAUGAAGAAGGUAAAGUGACAUACAUUCACCAGACAGUGUUCUAAAAGAGAGCCAAGCAUCAUUCACUGAAUAAGUACACAAACCAGUUAUUCACAGCCAUUUUGGGCUGCCGGUUUGUCUGUCAUGCCUGUUACCUGUCCAUAGUUAAGCAACGGAAUGCAGCUUCGGUUUGCUGACAGUCUGCUGAUGCAUGCUUUAAUGCCUCAGUCUAAUAAAAUGCAUCGUGAGGCAGUGACUGAGACUAUCACAUCCACUUCCAGAUUCUAUUAAUGAUAUUUUAGAAAUAAGGAAAAGGAUCAUGUCUAUGGAUGCAAAUGUAAUAAAUGUUCUAAUUAAAUACAUUUGAUUACAUUUAAUAUGAAAAUGUUUUGAAAUUUGGUAAUGCACAGAUAGUUCAGUGGUUUUCACUGUGGCUUUUUACUUUUAUGGAGGUUUUUAGAUUCAGUAGUAACAAGCUGGAAUCAUCCAGCCUUCUGCAGAAAGACAGACCAAAAUAAUUGUUGGAUUUACACCAUCAUUACUUUAAAAAAAUCAUUAAAUUCUGUAUUUGACUUUUUGCUUUUCAUCUGUUCUCAAGGAUUGUAAAGCCAAUAAAAUCAAUAAAUGUUUGUGA